AUGCCGCGGCGUCUGUUUUCCGCUGCGGUGCCGCUGCUCCUUUUCGUGCUGUGGAUAUGCUGCUGCGGCUGUGGAGCUGUGCACGCUGAGGGGAGUGAACGAAAGGAAGUGCAACUGCCGCAGAGUGUUGGGCUUUUCGUGCCACAGAAGACGCAGGUGGAAGUGGACGGUGGAAGACGAUCGAAAGAUUCCUUCUCCGCACCUUCGCUCGCCAGUGCUGGUGGCGUCUUGGUUGCUUUUGCCGAAGGUCACAUCGACUACACAGACCCCAAUAAUCAUUUGGUGGGGUACACUUAUUCUGAUAUUGUGGCGGGGUACAUCGACGCUGCGGGGAGCUGGGCGUCUCUUGUCGCCGAGAUCAACUCAAGCAACUGGAAGGCUCACACCGUCUUUGCGCGAACCAGCCAAUUGAAUCAUGUGGGCCGUGCGUUUUACCCCACCACAGUUGCAAAGGACAACAAAGUUUUUCUUCUUGUGGGAAGCUACGAUUUGGCCUACAACACUACUGAAUUAUAUUGGCAGGGAGGUGACUGGAGUCUUGAGUUGCUGGUGGGUGAGGCCACGCAAGGCAAACAGAUCCAAUGGGGCCAGCCCCAACAGCUGCUGCCACAGGUCGCCCUAUCCGCUCUACACCGCGACCUAGAGGGAUUUUUUUGGUGCUGGUGGCUCAGGCGUUGUGAUGGCGAGUGGCGCGCUUGUGUUUCCUGUGGUGGCAAAGCGGAGGAGAGGGUCCUCCCCUGUCUCCACGAUCAUCUAUUCAAGGGACGAGGGCCAACACUGGGUGCUCCCGAAGGGGAUGCUCCCCUGCGGAGUGCACUUCACCCCUCCUUACCGAGUGGGAGGCGGGGCAGCUGCUCAUGA